AAAAUGCAAGCCUCUCGCCAACAGGACCAGAAGGAAAGCAUACAUGUAUCUGACCUGUCUACGUACUUUGCAUUGCCUCUGCACACUGAUACCACUUCUGGAAAAUCAGAUUCAGUCACUAGUGCUACUAAAAUCAGCAGUGUUUUUCGUCAGCAGCAUGAUUCUGGUCUCGAUGCCUUCCAACGACACCAAAAGCUUGUUUAUGACUAUAUGACAAACUAUGCAACUCCAAAAAAUAGUCUGGGCACGAAUAGAACGGAAUACACUGGUAAAGAGAUUCAGGGACUGACCGAAGCAGACAUUCUUAAACAACAUCACAAGUUUCUUAGAUCUAAUCAAGACGAUGCUGAAUCAACUUGGGAAACAAGAAUCGCCAAAAAAUACUAUGAUAAGCUGUUUAAAGAAUACUGUCUGGCUGAAAUGAGUUUAUACAAAGAGGGAAAGAUUGCUAUGCGAUGGCGAUCUCAAAAGGAGGUGACUUGUGGAAAAGGGCAAUUUGAGUGCGGGAAUUUGAAAUGUGCAUCUAAAGAAGACUUGAAGUCAUGGGAAGUCAAUUUCGCAUACAUGGAGAACAGGGAACAAAAAAAUGCACUGGUAAAGCUUCGUUUAUGUGCUGAUUGCACUUAUAAACUGCACUAUCGCAAGAUUAAGCGGCAAAGAGAAGAAGAAAAACAAGCUGCCAAAGAACAUAGCAAGCGUGUUUGUAAAUCUUCGCAGGAUCACAAGUACAGUUGCUCCAGGACAAACGAUGAAACAAACGGCCUUUCUCAAAGUGAUACAUCUCAGAUUGAUGAAAAUAAUAGAUGCAUAGCGGACGAAAAGAUUGAUGAUAAAAGUACCGAUUUCGUGAAAGGAAAGCCAAUUGCUCAAAAAGAGCUUAUUAAGCAAGAGGCCACUCGAGUCUACAAUGCACCAACUCAUGCAAAAGUAGAUGAAGCAAGCAAGUCCAAAAAAGACGAAUCUGAUGAAUAUUUUGCUGAUCUGUUACUGUAACUCAUGAUUUUACUACACAUACCUAGAAUACAAUAUUAUGGACUUGGCUCAAUAUAUGUAUUUUUCAUUUAUAAUUU